CGAGAGGGCCAGCUUCCGAGUCGCCGAGGUCCGAACCGGCCCAACCUUCACCGGCGACCUGAUGCAAAACAUAUAUAUCGGCUUGUGUAUGUGUGUGGUGAUACAGGUGGGGGGUUCUGCCGACGUUCGGCGGGCCAUAAUCUCAUACCCAGUGACAGGCGGGAUUUAUCGGGCUAUGGAGCCUAUUUUGCUGGGAUGGGUAGGCGAGGAGGGAGGGGGGAGGGGGGGACGGCAGGGUGAUGUCGUUUCCGUUGCGUCAGGGCAACCCCUCCAUUGUGCCCCUCGCUCGCUCGCGGUGCUCUCCGCUCCCCACAGGUGUAAAUAAAAUCACUCUUCUUCUUCUUGCGCCUUUGCCGAUAAUACUAUAUAAUCCUCUCGCAACACACGCCCCGAACUUGCCCGACACUCAUAUAUAGUUCGUUCUACUAGACAUCUCUACACGCAUACACGCAAAUCGAUAAACAACAGAAGAAAUGUCUCUUAGCAACAAACUCGGUAUGCUGAUGGAUGAUGGGAUGGGAUGGGA